AUGCCACCACCGCAAUCGAAGAACAACCGGAAGAUGACCGAUUUCUUUCGCCCCGUCGGCAACGACAGCCCCGCCACAGCGACCAAAAUCGUGACCCCAUCACCAUCAACCGAGCCUGUCUCCUCUCCACUGUCGUCCUUAGGGUCGCCGACACCGACACCGACGCCGAUGCCGACCCCAGGCCCGAAGCCGAAGGUGCAGCCGCUACUGAACAAACAGGGAAAACCACGUGUUAUUCCGAGCUCAGAUGGCGAGGAAAGCUCUGACGACUCUGAUCUCGAGGACCCGUUUGGACUCUUCUCGCGCAUCCCCGCGCCGAAACCGCCUGUGAAGAAGAGCGUCCUGGACGAUGAUGAUCCCCUUCCGAUUAGAGCGGCGAUGCACAUAGCAAACUACAAGUCUACCAUGCCGAAGCUACUUAGGCAACGAGAGAAGGAGAAGGCGCUCGAUGAAGAGCUGAGACUAGCGUAUAACUUGAUCGAGGAGAGCGAGAGGAAGGAGAAGGAACCGCAGAUUGAUCCGAAGGCGGGGAUCACGGAGGAGACGGCGCAGAAGGUCAUGGGCACCGAUGGUAGUGGCGCAAGGCUGAUGGAAGCUCUGGAUCGGGACGAUUCCUGGGGGGUUAAUUGUGCUUUCUUCGAGUUCUUCGAUCAUAAGAUGAUGCCAAACAGGAAUCGGAAGCCGUUUCCUGUGGCCGCUGUGAAGAAGAGCCCGGCUUGCACUUUGCUCGAGAAUCCAGCAGCCCGUGAACAGAUGUUUCUCAAUGGAGCUUUCGUCGAUAUCUGCGGGCAACCUGAUCUUGCCCUGCCCGACGAAGUUCUACUGUGGAUAAUGGAUGAAGUUUGUCUGGAUCAACGAGAAGAUAUGGUACUGGCGUAUUACAAAACACUCCUUGGACACCAGGAUCGCCUUGUGCCUCUAAUGUCGGUCGAAAAAAUGGUCUCUCUGUUCGAGCUCCUCGGUGCAUCGGCCACCGCAUUGGAUCUUGAACGGCAGCUCCAAUUUGGCCAGUCGAACGAAAUGGGUCCCGACUUUGGCGCAGGUGUUCAACACUGGCGCUCUUGGAACAUCAUUCACAUGGUUAAGAUUCUCGAGACGGUGGGAGAAAUCUAUGCCGUGAAUGGAGAUGCUCAACGAACACAAUCCAUCUGUAGCAUUCUCAUCCGCAUGUCGUUGGAUGACCAGCUAUCCCGCCAAAGCAGUUUCCUGGUAACGAUUGAGGCGGCGCUGUACCGAGUGUUACAAGCGAUACCGGAUGACGUGUGGGAUGAUCGAAUCAAAGUAAUCGGCUACAAUAUUAUGAGCACCAUUCUCAAGCCGCAGUUCCGUGCCAGGGUCCUGAAUAUCCUUCCGCUGUACUCCCAGACAUUGCAUCUAUUCCGCCGCCGACUAGCAUGCGCAUUCCUGUAUGAGGACGCCUCCUAUCUGAUACGAGAAUACUUGACCCUUGUGGACCUCGACAAGAUGGCGACACUUCUCGGCGAGAGCCAAUUUAAGAUCACGCGGAAAACCGAAUACGUUGAGUUGAAUAGUUUGAUCCGCAUUCUCGAAAUCGCGGUGGACAGCGGAGCGACCUCUGGUACUCCAAUUGAACAGGAUAAAGGCGUCGAUCGUCUGGUGGAGUUGCUCAGGGCCAUGUUCACGAGGAUCAUAGACACGAAUGCAAGGGAUCUGGCGAGGACGGUGGCGAAGGAUGCGAUUGAACGUUUCCAGUUUCGGCUGAACUUCGCGGUCAGGUCGAAGCGUCGCCAGGCGCUGGGAUUGAGCGAUGGCAAUCAGCGCACGCUUGGGAACUGGGUUACAAAAUGA